ACACAGCUGCAGCGUACACGUUACUUUCGAUGAUGGCCAUGAUUAUUCAAUCUAGAAAAAGAAAACGCCGUGAACCUGUAGAACCAAUUACCUAUGCUCCAAUUGAGGAGAGGGAUAGAAUGAGAAUUGAGUAUCUGAAUAAUAAGAUAUGGAAGAAUGAUGUAACUUGUGUCAAUAUGCUUAGACUUAAUAGAGCAUCUUUUUUCCGAUUUUGUAAGCUUUUUAGGGACCGGGGCCUUUUGCAAGACACCAUACAUUUGUGUGUUGAGCAGCAGGUUGCAAUGUUUUUAAACACAGUAGGUCACAAUAUUCGAAAUAGGUUAGUUGGCACCAAUUUUGAUAGGUCCGGUGAAACUGUUAGUCGGUAUUUCAACAAAGUAAUGCACGCUAUUGGAGAGCUACGAAACGACUUCAUUACACCACCGUCGACAUCAACUCCAGCUAAAAUUGCAGGAAACCCAAGAUGGGAUCCUUACUUUAAGGAUUGUAUUGGAGCAAUAGAUGGCACACACGUGCGGGCCUCUGUUCCUAAACACAAGGAGGCUUCCUUUCGUGGUAGAAAGAGUUAUCCUACUCAAAAUGUCAUGGCAGCUGUAGAUUUUAAUCUUCGAUUCACAUAUGUGUUGGCCGGUUGGGAGGAGACAGCUCAUGACGCUCUAGUCUUACGGGAUGCUUUAGAGAGGGAAAAUGGUCUUCGUGUUCCACAAGGCAAGUUCUACCUAGUUGAUGCCGGAUAUGGAGCCAAACCUGGAUUUCUGCCCCCUUUUCGUGGUGUUCGGUACCACUUGAACGAGUGGGGCAACAAUCCUGUGCAAAAUGAGAAGGAAUUAUUCAAUCAUAGGCACUCAUCGUUGAGAGUCACUGUUGAGCGGGCAUUUGGUGCGUUGAAGAGGAGAUUUAAAAUUCUUGAUGAUGCCACACCAUUCUUUCCCUUCUCUACACAAGUAGAAAUUGUGGUUGCUUGUUGUAUUAUUCACAACUGGGUUAUACAAGAUGGAGGUGAUGACUUUAUCAUUGAAGCGAGUGAGGAAUUGGAUACCAUUAAUCAUCAUACAUCUUCUCAUGGACAAGCAGCAGACCAUGCCUUUAUGGUUAACUUCAGGCAGGAACUUGCCAAUGCCAUGUGGGCAGACUAUCAUGCAAACAAUAUAUGA